AUGCUCGUCGCCCUCGGAAUCUGGACCACCGUUACCAAAUCUGGCAGCCUCGAGAGGUUGAUUAUCAUUUUCUCCCUCUCCACUUUACCCAACACCUUGGUGAUGGGAAUCCCUCUGCUAAUCGCCAUGUACGGGCCUUACGCGGGGAGCUUGAUGGUCCAAGUCAUCGUCUUGCAAUGUAUCAUUUGGUGCUUUUGUUCCUGUUCGAGUACAUGGGGCAACAUUUUGAUCAUGGAGCAGUUCCUCGAAUCGGCGGCGUCGAUUGUGUUGUUUAAGGUCGACUCCGACACCGUUUUGCUCGACGGGAGGGAGUUGCUGGUGACAGAUCUGAGAUUGGGACGAUGA